CUCCUCAUAUCUUGUGAUUGUGUUACGAUAAGAGAGAAAGAAUCUGUGGAAGACCGGUAACUCAUGGUAAUUUGAAAUUUUUUUGGUUCUGGCAGAUCGGAUCGGCGAAGAUCAAGCGUGUCACGUGACAUCUGCCACCGUCCUCUCUCGUCCACGCUGUUCCUGCGGCGGCCAAGACAUACUAUCUGGCGAUGUCUUGAAAUAUAGAGGCUCCUAUUUCCACUUGCGUGAUGAAAUCCCAUGAAGAUCACUCCAAAAGAAAAGAAUGUAGUAGUGAUACCACUGCAAUCGAGGAUAACGCAUGCUCAUACGAACAAUUGACUGCGUUGCGAUGCGAAACCGAGCAGCCAAACCCGGCUUGUAGAAACAUGAAGCCCUGCUCUGCAACACAUCUACUAUUACGUUUUAAGUUUUCAGUGUCCCGGAAGCUCAAUUGCUGUUUCAAUUUGUUUUGGCGCGAACUUGGAAACCCGUUUGACCGUCCAGUGGUCGACAUUAAAACAAACAGCGGUACAGUAGGAUAUCUCCAUACUAUUCUAGUUAUGCACACAUCACAUAGUUACUUUAUCACUCAACUACUUGAAAAGACCUCCUCUGAGUAUCCUCUCAAUCCUUUCCAUCUUCGUAAAGACUCGCCAUACUUACUCCCCACUAAAAAACAUCUCACAUCCGAUUCCAACCCCUCUCCCUCCGUCCCACUAACAACACCGACAUGUUCAUAACACCAACACACCGAUUCAUCCCUCUACUUACC